AUUUUUUUCGCGCAGCAACAAAAUACAAGGCGCAGUUUUUUCUCACAGUUCUGUUUAUAUUCGUCCGAUUUUGUAUAAAUGAGCUUAAUAGCAAAUGGUGUAAAAUGGUAGAGCCGAUAUUCGAUUAUCAAUUUAGGCUGAUCCUGAUUGGAAAUAGCACGGUUGGAAAGAGUUCUCUUUUGAAAUACUUCACCGACGGAAAAUUCGCCGAGAUUUCUGAUCCUACUGUCGGUGUGGACUUUUUUGCCAGACUCGUUGAAGUGAACAACGGUACAAGAAUAAAAUUACAAUUAUGGGACACAGCCGGGCAAGAAAAAUUUCGAUCCAUCACCAAAUCUUACUACCGCAAUUCAGUGGGUGCCCUCCUUGUUUAUGACAUUUGCAAUCGUUCGAGUUUUGAGAGCAUCCCCCUUUGGAUGAUGGAGGCCAAGCGUCAUAUAGAUCCCCAUGAGCCCGUGUUUGCUCUGGUUGGUUGUAAAUUAGAUUUAGUGAAAGCAGGGAUUGAGAGGGAAGUGUCAGAAGAGGAGGCUCAACGUUUUGCUCAAAAGCACGGAAUUUUCUACGUUGAGACGUCGGCAAAGACAGGUCUAAAUGUCGAAGAGGCGUUUAGGGCCGUGACCCAACAGGUCUACAACAGGAUACAGUCUGGUGAAUACAAAAUCGAAGAUGGCUGGGAUGGGAUCAAAACAGGCUAUGCUCGCCCAAGCGGGAUGGAUUUUAAUUUCAUCGAAGCUGACACAGCAAAAUCAACUUGUUGCUAAACUUUUUAAAUGAAUAUCUAUUUUUUAUUUUUAAAUAUGUACUCAAAUGUUGACUUUUUGUCAUGUAUUUACAUACCCAUGUUUUAUCACUUUCUAUUGUGAAAAUUUAUAUUACAAAUUUAUAAUUAUGUUAUCUUGCCAAGAUUAUAUGGUACGUUAAUUUAUAAAAUCUGACUUGAUUAAUCUAACAUAAAUUUUGGUUGACAUUUCGUAUAUCAAAAAAAUAUCUUAUAUAUAUCAUCACAUCCCUUCUACAACUUAAAAAAAUUCAUUUUGUGAUUCAAAAAUUAAAUGGGGUCUUAUUUUUAGUUCUAAUAACUGUACAGAAAUGUACAUACUUUUAUUUUGUGAUAUUACAUUAGUCGUGUAUUUCUUUUUGGAAAGUUGUCUUUGAUGUAAACCACAAUUUUUUUUAAAGUAUUUUCAGAAUUGCAAAAUGAUUACCAUUAAGAACGUAGAAGACUGAUAUUUAACGGCACAGUUACUCGGAAUGUUUAUAUUUAAAUAAGUAGCCGUAAAAUAAAAUGAUCAUAUAAUUAUACUCAAAUAUUCAGUCAUAUGUAGAAAAAAUUAGGUCUUAGGAAACAUUAAUGUCGUUAGAGCUGUAAUAUAUAUUUUUGUUUCUUUAUAUUUGUAAAUUAUUUAACAAAACAAUGUCUGCCUAUUUUCCUCGUUCAUUUACUUUGAACAUGGUAUAGUCUUACCUUCUAUUUAUAAACAUAAAAUACAUUUCUGUUUUAUUAUAUCUAGCAUUAUUAUUUUUUGUUAUGAAAUGUGAGAAAAUAAACAUGUUUGUGACAAAUUUAUUUUACCUAUCCUUUUGUGGUAUAUGCACGUUGUUUAAGUUUUGUUGAUCAAAUAUGUAUUUUUAAGUUUACAAAAAAAAAGCAAAAGAGGGUAUAUUAAUUUUUAAUUUAUUAUUGUUAAAGAUUAAUGUUUUUACCUAACAAAGAUAUUUUUUGUUACAAUUAAAAACUAAACAAAGAUCAGAAUAAGCAUUUAUUUAAAUAAACAAUUUCUUGGCACUGUAUUCAACAUCUUGAACCAAAUAUUUUAGAAAGGUCUCCUAAAAAAACAUAAAAAAAUAUAUUUUUAAAUUUACACUGUAGCUAUGUUAUUAGUACCUUGAUUUGUUUAACUGAGAUAGCAGCUCAAUUGUUUUUGAAGGUGGAGUAAACGAGUGAAUUUUAUUUCUAAGUGAACUGUAAAAAUAUAACAUAGUUUAUAAAUUAAAGUAAUGUUACUUUGCAA